GCGCGCACCAAGCGGCGCGAGAGGCGCCUGGAGACUUGGGCAUGUGAUAAAAAGCAUGGGGGAGGAGGAGAGGAGGAGGGGAGGGCACCGGCUAUAGAUGCGCCGGGACUUUGCUGGUUUCUGGGCGCUCGCGAGCGGAGCCGGCGGGAGAAACGUGCCUCGCAAAAGAGCGCGCGCGCUCAGGGAGGGAGUAGCGGCUUGUGGGCUGCGAGGGGACGAGCUGCUUGCCUGCCUGCCUGCCUCCCUCCUUAGGAAUCCCAAGCGGCGAAGGAGCGGCACCCGCAGUGUGAGGCUCCCCCAGGCUGCUAGGAGCGGGCUAAGUGAGGGGAGGGGGGAAAGCCCAGAGAGCUGCAAGGAGCAACCGCCGCUUCAUCCUGCGGCACCAGGAGGCAGAGGGAGAGAGCGAGAGCGCGCGAGAGAAGAGCCCAUGUGCGCAGGUGGCAGUGUGGAAGCCAAGUACAAAUUUUGGCAGAAGUUAUUUUUUCUCUCCAUGAGAAAAUGAAGAGAGUGUACACAUGACUAGGCUUGGAAACUUGAGAAACCACAGAUUUGACAGUUGGCUUUCUUCAAGUUUAAAACUCCCUCCUAACUACCUGCCCUGCUACUCUGGGAACUACACAGAUGACUCCAAAAGUUGGCGGCCAGUUGAUAUCUCCAGAUUAACCACAAAGUACCAGCAUGACCAAUCUGACAAAAGAAUCUGCACCUCCCUUACCCAUGCUAAAAGCUGCAGCAUUGAGCAAGCCUUGUGGAAGACUGAGAGAUUCCAGAAAUUGUUGAAAGCUAAACGUCUCACCCCCAUCCUGGUUCAGGGUCUCCGUACACCAAUGCUUCGCUGCCCAUCACAGCGGCUUUUGGAUCGAAUAGUGCGGAGAUAUGCUGAAGUGCCAGAUGCUGGUAGCAUAUACAUGGAACAUUUCACAGACCGUGAUAAACUGCGUCUCCUCUACACACUGUCUGUUAACUCACAUCCUAUUAUUUUACAGAUUUUUCCUGGAGCAGAAGGCUGGCCCUUUCCAAAAUAUGUGGGGUCCUGUGGCCGGCUGAUAGUCACUACCAGCAGCAGGCCUCUGAAGGACUUUUAUGGCUCAUCUUUGGAAGUAGCAGCAGACCUGGCUCUCCAGCUCCUUGCUGUUCUUGAUUCCAUGAGGAAUAAUGACCUGAACUAUUUCUUUUACUUCACCCAUGUUGAUGCUGGCACAUUUGGCAUUUUCAACAAUGGGCAUCUGUUCAUCCGGGAUGCCAGCACACUAGGAGUCAUUGACAAGCAGGAAGGUAGCCAAUUGACAAGUGGACAACAAGGACAGAAGGACAUCUUUAGCUGCUUGGUUGCAGAUUGCCAGUCAGUGUUUCCCUCCUGUGAUUCCAUCAAGCACACUCAGAGCCUUAUCAUGGUGUGUGAGGAACUGCUGCCCAAGCUCUUAAAGGGAAAAUUCCUGCCUGCUGUUCAGGAGAAGAUUGACAGUGCUUUGAGCAUCUGUGCAAACAGCUUGCUAACGGAUCAAGAAGUCAUCAUGGCAGCUCAGGGGCUGGUAGGGAUUUUGAAGCCUCUGCAGCCCUGUGAUUCCCGUUUUGCCUACCGCUACCCUGAUUGCAAAUAUAGUGCCAAACACUGAGAGAAUGUUUUGCUGGAAUGCUGGGGAUACCAUCCACAUACCUCUUGAAUCUUUGAAUCUAAAAGAAUGGUAUCAUCCAGCAGAUCUCCCAGAGAGAAAGGGACACAAAUAUCACCACCACUGGACCUUCCACUCUGCUAACAUUCCCUGGGGAAGCUCUGUGAACUUGUAGGGUUUAUUUUUAAGAGGCACCUCUAAGCCCACUUGUCAUUGGUCACGUUCGACCUACUCACAUCUACCUCAGUGAACAAAUUGACUGUGUUCCAACUUGUCUCACUUCUCAACUUUACCUCUGUUUAAUAAAAAGUAUGUACACCUUAACUAAAAAGGACCCCUUUUUAAACUGUUCCCAGGGUACAUUAUACCACUGUUACAAUGA